UGAGAUUGUUUAUAGACGACUUAAAGAAAUAAUUGUAAUUACUAAUAAAUAACUUAUAUGACUCUUUAGGGAAAAAAAAAAUAGAGCGGAAGAUCAGGGGCUUUCGUGUUAAAUUGGUCGAAUAGAAUUCAAAUUGUAAUAACCUUGUUUCUAAAAAUACAGAUGAUUUUCUUCUUCAAGGUUAUUAAAGUUAUCGGCUCAUUCUAUUCGUGGAUUAGACUUAUCACGAUAAAUAUAUAUAAACCCGCGAUAAUUAUCUUUUUUCAACAAAUUUCACGAUGCCAAAAAACGUCGGAUGUUUAUCAGUUCUAAACGAUUUAUAUACAUUAAUUCUGGGUGAUGAUUUAAGAGAAAGAUCCAGACUAGUAAAUUCGAAUGAGAAAGUUGAAAUUAAUCAUGGCCCUACAUUAGUGAUUCAUGGUGGUGCAGGAACCAUUGUCCGUGAAAAUUAUUCUGUACAAAAGGAAUAUCUCGAUGCACUAAAAGAAUCUUUAAUGGCAGGUCAUAGAAUUUUACUAAGUGGAGGAAAUUCAAUUGACGCUGUAGAAGCUGCAGUUAGGAUAAUGGAAGAUUGUCCUCUCUUUAAUGCUGGCAAAGGAUCUGUCUUUACAAUCGGUGGAAAGAAUGAACUUGAAUCUUCAAUUAUGAUUGGAACUUCCAAUCAUCCAGCCGGUGCAAGCACUUUAUUACAUACAGUAAAGAAUCCGAUUACUUUAGCUAAAACACUCUUACUUGAUCCAGAGAAUCCACAUGUAUUUCUUGGUGGUAUAGUGGCUGAAGAGUAUGCUGAAAAGAAAGGAUUAGAAAUUGUUGACCCUAGUUACUUUUGGACAAAAAAGAGAUGGAAACAGCAUUUGGAAGGAUUGGAAAAAGAUAACAAUAAUUAUUUGGAAAUGGACUCAUCACCAUACCCUAUGGGAACUGUUGGAGCUGUUGCUGUUGAUAAGAAUGGGAUCAUUGCUACAGCUACUUCUACAGGUGGAAUGAAUAAUAAGAAAGAUGGCCGAAUAGGAGACACACCAUUGAUAGCGUGUGGUACUUGGGCAGAUAAUGAAACUUGUGGUGUUAGUGGAACCGGUAAUGGAGAGUUUUUUAUUAGAUAUGGUAUUGCUCAAGAUGUAUCAUCCAGAAUGCGCUAUCUUGGUGAGAGUGUAGAUGAAGCGGCUUAUAAUGUUAUUAAAAAUCUUGGAAAAGUUGGGGGUGGUGGAGGAGUAAUUGCGUUAGACAAAUAUGGCAAAGUUGCGAUGCCGUUUAAUACAAGUGGAAUGUAUAGAGGAUAUAUCAGAGUAUCCGAUGGUAUACCAAAUGUUUAUAUCUGACAUUUUACAUACAUUCCUUUUCAAAACCUGAAGUGUUAUUUUUAAUGCAUAUAUAAAUAUAAUAUUAUCAGACGGGACAUAUUGUGUUACCUUACGUAGAAGUAUAUUAAUAAAUUAUUACAAAAUUAUGUCUUUAAA